UUUUCAAAGUUCAGUCAAUUGUCAUUUCUCCGAGCCGGACAGGAAUUUUAUUCCAGGGCUAGUUAUUAAAAAAAAAUAGAAAAAUGUCUUUCCAACACACGAUUUACAAUGCAAUCUUCAAGAGAAGCUCCACUUUUGCCUUAGUUUGUAUCGGUUCCGCCUUCUUCUUUGAAAGAGGCCUGGAUUUGGCCUGCGACACAAUUUUCGAAAACGUCAACAAGGGGAAACUGUGGAAGGACAUUAAGGAUAAUUAUGCACAAUAAGCUUUUCCCACCAGGAGCAGUAGUGUUAUUUAAUUUAUAAUGUAUUACUUUUUGUAAAUAAAGGAAUUUGAAAAGA